UGUAUUUUGCAGUCUCAAGCGGCUGUCUUAGGAACUGCAGUUUAUAUCACUUCCGCAGUGGCUUUAAAUAAACUGGCGACCAUUUGCUCCGUUACAUCUUCUUUUGUUUUCAACAACAACGGUUCAACUUCACCGGCAGGUUGUCCAGCAGUAUUAUUUUGAAGGAUACAGCCGGAAGUCAUUGCUUUUAUUGUGCUUUACUUGUCACGAGAGCACCGGCAGCGUUGGAUACUGUGCUGUCAUCGUGUCUGACGACGGAAUAACUCAUCUUCCAGCCUGGCUGGAUUUCAUCAUGUAAGCGGGCUGACAGGAUACCGGUACCUGGUCAGUGCUUCCUGUACAGCUUACUGCCUCUGUAAAUACGGCGAACACCGUCAGACAUCGCUUGUUUCGAAGACAACAUCGAGAAUGGACGACUGUCCCCAACAAACGCCGCUGUUUACGUUCGGCGUCAUAGCAGACAUUCAGUACGCAGAUAUCGACGACGGAUACAAUUACAGCCGGACGAGGAGGCGGUACUACCGGAGCAGCCUCCAGCUGCUGAGAAAUGCCCAGGAAAGUUGGUCAGAGUCGGCUGUCAAACCGGACUUCAUCCUCCAGUUGGGAGACAUUAUCGACGGCUUCAACAAGGGCCGCGGUGCCUCUGACCGAGCGCUGGACAGCGUGCUGAGAGAGUUCAACUCCAGCCCGGUGGAGGUCCACCACGUGUGGGGUAACCAUGAGUUUUACAACUUCAGCAGGGGCGCGCUGCUGAGUUCGAAACUCAACACCACGGUCCACACCGACGAGAGCCUGAGAGGAGCCCAGCCUGACAGCGAUGUCUACGCCUACCACUUCAGCCCGUUCCCCGGGUUUACCUUUGUCGUACUGGACGCCUAUGAUGUGAGUCUGCUGGGCAGAGAGGAGUCCAGUGCGCAGUACAAAGAUGCCAUGAGUCUGAUAAAACAGUACAACAACAACGAGGACCUCAACUGCCCCCCAGCUUCAGUGUCUGAGGCCCUUCAGCGGAGAUUCACCAUGUUCAACGGUGGGUUCAGUAAGGACCAGCUCGACUGGCUGCAUACUGUUCUGCGCUCGGCAGACGAGAAGCAAGAAAGAGUCACUAUCGUAUGUCACCUCCCCGUUCACCCCUACUCCACAGACCCCAUCUGCCUCGCCUGGAACUUCGACAAGCUCCUGGCCAUCAUACGCUCCCACGGCAGUGUCGUGUGCUUCAUGGCCGGGCAUGACCACGACGGUGGAUACCACUGUGACAAUGAGACGGGGGUGCACCACGUGACGUUCGAGGGGGUGAUCGAGACUCCACCUGACAGCAACGCCUUCGGAACGGUGUCUGUGUACGAGGACAGGAUGGUGCUAAAGGGCAGCGGGAGGAUCAAAGACAGAGUGAUUCAGUUUCGGGGCUGCCAAAGAGACGCAGAUGACAGGGCUAAAUGACACAUGCUGUGAUUAUUUAGGCUAUUUUCUUUUAGAUUAUUUGGGGAUUUAGAGAAUUCUAUUUCAGAUGAUGUCACAUUUUCUGAGGAAAUCAGGGAAUUUUAUUUUAUUUAUUUUACUAUUUAAUUUUAAAAAAUACACAUUCUUAUUCUGUCCCAUAGCAACAGGCUGUCUCUCGUCUGAAACAAACAGUCACAGAUUAGGAAUGAAUUAAGUUCUGUUAAUGAAAGCACUUUAAUGAUGGAAGUAGUGUAAUCCUCUGUUCCUUCAUUCACAAUCCAAUCUCCUCCGUGUUUUUAGAAUGUCACUUUACCGCAGCAAAACCAACACAGUACCUCAGUUUUAUUGCACUCUGAGAAUGAUGUGAGAAUGAAGUGUGAAAUCUCUUCUAUACUAGCUGUGUAGAGAAUAUGAUUUUCUAUUGCAACAGGUGCCUUUUUUUUUUUUUUUGCACGUUGCGUAUUGCACAUGAUGAUUUUCUUCUGCUGUUAUUUGCUGAAUGAUGUAUCGUGCAAUGUGGUGACAUAUUUGAUCAGUGCGGUGGAACUAUAACUGACGUGUUAAGCACUUUUCAGGUGAUCAGAUCAGCACCAGAUGAGUGCAAAUCUGUAUGAAUCCCACUGUAAAACAAUAAACAGCUUUAUAACAGCA